CUUAGUUCUCGCGCGCACACGAACGACUCAUUGGCCAAGGACUCUGUUGCCAUUUUGCCUCUUCUAGAUGGUCAGAGACUAGUGUCAUUGGCAGUCAACUGAGCGAGGACGAAACAUGCUUCGUAUAACUUUCCUUCGCGUCCUGCUGCUCGGUUUGUUUGGGAUUUCAGCGACAACAGCACAGCGAUUGGAUGACCCAUGUAUUCUUGACCUGGCAUUCAUCAUAGACGCAUCUGGUAGCAUCGAGCCUUAUUGGGAAGAUGUUCGGAAGUUUGCCGCCGGAGUCGCGAAACUGGUGAACAUAUCGUCCGAUGGAUCCCAUGUUGGAGUGGUUAAGUUCGGCGAGACAUCCAAAAUAGAAUUUGGGUUCAAUGAAGGGCAAAACGAAAACACUGUUGUUCGAAAUUUGCUUAAUCUAGAUCCCCCUAUUCCGGGUUCAAGAACCAUGCUGCACUCAGCGCUCGAAAAAGCAAACGACGACCUUUUCAACCCACAGACAAAUAGCUUCCGAGAAGAUCCCAAUGUACGGAAGGUUGUUUUAAUUAUAACUGAUGGUGCGCAAACCCCUCCAGAAAGACCUGAAAUACCAGCUAACAAACUGAAAGAAAGGGGUUUUGAGAUUUACGCCAUCGGUGCCGGAGAUGCCAAAUCACAUUACAAGGAAUUGGAAAAUUUAAAAAACAAAGAUUUGUUCUUUGUCAAAAGGCCGAAUGAACUUCCCACGAAAGUUGUCGAUGUGGCACAAGCACUCUGUCCGAGGUCGAUUGAAACCACGGUUAUUGGUCCCCCAGGAGAGAGAGGAGCAGUCGGCCUUCGGGGUGACGUCGGGGCACCAGGCCGUCGCGGAAGAACAGGGCCAGCCGGACCAAAGGUAUUGUAUUUCUUUCUCUCUUACGUCUAUUAUGACUGUUUUCACUUUGGUUUCUACCCAUAUGGGACGGGACUUGGGGUCGAGCGAGAUAAGGACACAAUGAAUUGGCAGGAGAGGGAGAGUUCCCAUCGUACGGGACGGGAUUAA